CGACUACUUCCUUGGAAACCAGCGGGGCCCUGGCAACCGCUGUAUCAACCUGGGUGAGUAAUGGCGAAGACACUCGAUGCCAAAAAGUCACUUUGGCAACAAGUUUGUGAAGAGUAUGAAGCUGAGAAGCCCCGCCAUCCAGAUGAUGUGUGGACAGACAACAGCUCAGUGAGCACCCAGAUCUCCCAGUACAGUCCCAGUACUCACUCCCCAGUCUUUAAUGGACUCACUACAGCCCAGGAGUCUGUGUUUGGUGACCCUAUCAGAGACUUUGACCCUCUUCUCGGCCACCUGGCUCUCGCUGGCUACUCUGUGUUAGAAAAGCCUCAUCCUUCGUCUGCAGCUGAAAGCACAUCCCUAUAUGCAAGUUCUGUGCAGCGGUUUUUGGAGAGGAGAGUGUUUCCGGUGUUGUUGCCUGGACUAGAGGCUUUGCUGAAAGAAGCCCAGAAACAUGGCUGUUUUGAGAGGAAAAUCACAGCAUUUAACCCAUGUCACUUUCUAACUGAGUGGCUUUACAACCAUGACCCAAGCAGGCAGGAACAGAUCCCAGUGAGCUUCGAUGACAUCCCAUUUGUGAAGGACUGGCUCAGACUGCAUCCCAGGCCUCCCCUCCCUCUGUCUCAGCAGCUGAGUGAGGACCAGGCUGCUCUGAUGAUCCAGGCUUUCUGGAGAGGAUACAAGAUCAGGGCCCGCCCAGAUGUGCAGGAGCUGCGCCUGUGGCAGAAAGAACUGAGAGAGACCCGGGACAUUAGCAAAACUGUGGAGCGGUUCUGGGCCCAGCAGGAGAGCAGAGUCGGCUCUUCGAUGACAGAUCUUCCGGAGAGCCUUCAGCCUGGCAACUCAGACGUGUCCAUCCAGGUUGUGUCCCCCAGCCCCCAAAGCACUGUGGCCCACACCCCCACUGCCCAGAUGACCCCGGAGGCCGGUGAGUGGCUGAUGACCCCCAGCCUGCUGACGCCCUGCCCAAAAUGACCUCGCGGACUGAUUAUGUUUCUGUACGCAAGCCUGACAAAUCCCCAACUCCAUCUUUACCAGGAAGUGACGACCUCAGCCUUCUAUUAACUGAAAUCACUGCUGUGUACAAGGUUUGUGUGGUGUUUAAAGGCUAUUACACUCUGUUAGGUUGAUGUCAAAGUGACCAAAGUGAUCUGUCAAACACGCCAUUAAAAACGCCUGUAACCAGUAAGAUACGGCCAUGUGGGGAUUUAUGGUCUGAGAUCCGUGUCUAAUUAGUUGAUUGCUUUCAUUGCCUUUUUGAUGGAUCACUUCCCUUUACGAGUCUCACCCGACAAAUGAACAGCAUGCAGCACGGUUCACAUAUUAUACUGCUGGGAAAAAAGGCCUCCAGUAACCGACUUCAUAUUUCCUCUCAGCCCCUCCAGCUGAAAGCUCACUGGACGAUUAGCAGCUACUUCCUUCCCUUGUCAUGUCUGUUUUCCCCUGUAAUACAUAUCACACUGAAGAGGUUGGAGCAUUUGUGUUCAAGGCAGGAGCUGAGGUCAGACUGAAAGGUGACCCUGCAUGCAUUGCAGCACCCUAUGUCAGGGAAACAGAAUAUGAAAAAGAAGUUUAAUCAGAGCUGGCUGACAGGUGAUCGACAGAAACUCUGACCAAGCAGGAAAAGGAAAUCCAAUGAUCUCCAUUGAUCUUUCUAUUUCACGACAUGCUAAAAUAGCUCAGUUCUAAUCAAUCAGUCCUGAGAAACUGAUGAGGAUGAACAUAGCAGUGGUGGUCUCAGAAUGUUUCAGUGUCCGAAUUCUAAAAAAGUUGGGACACAGUGUAAAAUGUAAAUAAAAACAGAACGCAAUGAUUUACA